AUGGCACCAAAACAGCUGUAUGGUCGCGGCUCCAGCAUUCGUCUUCCUGAUCCAUUCUUCGCCAAAAUCAGCAUGGCUUCUAGGCGACCACCACUUCCUCUUGCUUGGAACAAGUGCCGCAAGGUCAUUUCAAUUUGGAGGAUGCUGAAAUAUAAGCAAGAAGAUGGUUGUGGAGGAGAAAAUAGUGAAAUGUGCAGGGAUCAGGUUGAUCCUUUUGAUGAGGAAUUUGGUGAUACAAAUGAUUCUGGUCAAGGUGUCUGGAGUGAAAUCAGCAAAAGAGCUGCUAUAAAGUUGUCUCGCAAUGUUUUCUCCCUUGCUUCAUUUAAAGGAGGUGUGAUGCUAUGUGCAUGCUCAGGCAUAGUUAUAAGAUGUGAGCCACUCAUCACAACUUUGCUGACUUCAGCAAGUUUGGUCAGAUCUUCUCACGAUGAAAGCAGGAUUGAAGAUGACUUGAGGAUUAGAGUGCGCUCUAAUUACCCAAACUAUAUCAACGGGUGGUUGGGAGACUAUGAUUUGGAUUACAACCUCCUUCUUGUCAAUAUCAAGACCCCCCAUCUUCCCGUGGCACGUCUUGACCACCAAGUGCAACUUACGUCAUGCAGCAAGGUGCUGGCCGUGGGUCGUGUUUACAACUCCAGAAAAUUGAUGGCCACAAGCGGGUUAGUGAAGGACACGACAAGCAUAUUUGAUCAUGAAGAGAUCGCAGCCUCCACUUGUAAAAUCAGUAAGGCUGGUAUUGGAGGGCCCCUUGUUGAUGUUGAUGGGUACUUUCAUGGCAUGAACUUUUAUGGUGCGGAAGAAACACCAUUCCUUCCAAGGAGUAUAAUUCUCAAAUGCUUGAAAGUUUUGGGAUAUUUCGUACUUCUCUGCAGCAAUUAUAACAGAUAUACUAUGUUCUACUGCAGGGAUGACAACGAAGGAAAUGGCUACACAAGCCCCAUAGACCGUUCCCCGCCCCCGUCUUGUGGCUUCUUUUCACAAGCAUUUGUUGAUAUGAUGCAUGAUGAUCUACGCAGCUGGAAUUAUCCCUUGCCAACUACUAUCUGCACUGGCAUGCACCUGGUUAAUUCUUUUGAAGAGAGAUUCUGCAAAUCGCGUGACUAUAGAAGAGACUUCAUGAAUGAACUCAGUGUGGAACUUGCUUCAAAUUUGUCUCAGAAUGUUGUUUCACUUGCUUCAUUCAAAGGGAAAACAAGGUGGUUUGCAUGCUCAGGCAUACUUAUAAAGUACGAUCUACAUACGAGUGUGCUGACGUCAGCAAGUUUGGUCAGGUCUUCGGACGAUGAAAAUGCAGUUGUUGAGAACUUGCAGAUUAAAAUGCACCUUCCAAAUGGACAAUGUGUCGAUGGGACGCUGCAAUACUAUGAUCUACAUUAUAACAUUGCUGUUGUCAACAACAUGGUCUGCUCUGAUUCUCGUGCAGCAAAUCUCUAUCAUCCAAUGGAAACUGAGACUGGUAGAGAGGUGGUAGCUGUGGGGCGUGUUUUCAGUAGUGGCAGAUUAACAGCCACGCGUGGAGUAGUUACUGAUAAACAGAGCAAUUUGGGUUGCGAUGAGCUUAUGAUCUCCACCUGUAAAAUCACUAAGGCUGGGAUUGGAGGGCCCCUUGUUGAUUUCAAUGGUAACUUCCUUGGCAUGAACUUCUGUGGUGAGGAAGGAACCCCAUUCCUGCCUAGAAAUGUAAUUCUUGAAUGCCUCAGGCAAUUUGAGACAAGAGGGAUCAUGGCUGCUGAAAACAUCAAGCGUAGUCCAAGCAGAUGGCCACUGCGCAAACCCUAUUGGGUUUACCCAACCACAGAGGAGCCUGACCCAUGGAAACUUAUAGAAUUACCUCUGAUGACCUUGGACACUUCCGAGUCUGCAAUGCGAUAA